AUGGACGUCGUCCGCCAGCUCAAGGACGCGGGCACGUGGGUCACGGUGUUGCAGCGCAAGAACGACGACCGCGCGGAGAUCGAAAAGAUGGGCGCGUUCCUAAGCAAGGGCGACGCGCUCGUCGAUAAGGACGUGAAGAAGGCGUACGACAUGGUCGAGGAGUACGACGCGGUCGUGUCCACGAUCGGUGGCACCCCCGCGGACGCCACCGCGGACAGCGUGGGGAACAUCAACCUCAUCGAGGCGUGCGUGAAGAAGGGGGAGGAGCAAGGACGCAUGCCCAAGUUUGUUCUCGUGACGUCCAUUGGCACCGGAGACUCGCAGGGCGCGCCGCCGCCGCAGGUGUACGAGGCCCUCAAGCCGGUCCUCCUCGAGAAGGUCAAGGCGGAGGACCGAUUGAAGGAGCUCGCGAAGGAGAAGGGUUUGCCGUUUUGCAUCGUCAGACCGGGCGGGCUGAAGUCUGAGCCCGCGACAGGCACGGGGGACACGAGCGUGUGCGGCGCGGUCAACCGCGCGGACGUCGCGUCGCUCGUCGUGAAGUGCGUGUUGAAGGAUAAGGCGAACGGGAAGGUGUUGAGCGCGGUCGAUUCCGAGCAGCUGUUCGACCAGCCCGCGUUCGAGGUGUUCGAGCUGUGAUGUGAUGAUCGACGGGGCGGACGGACGAUGGUUUGACGCGUCUGAUCGUCAUCGCGUUGAGAUUAUUCAUUCAUUCAUUUUAACGACGUUCGUUCGGACGUGAUUCGACGGAGUUUUGAAGAAAGAGGAGGACGGCGAACGAGCGCGCGAUCGAUAUCAUUUUAAUACGCACACGUCGCGUUCGU